AUGUGCAAGUUGAAGACGAACACAAGAGAACGGAGGAGAGAAGUGCACAGCCUGGCGACGAAGAUGAUCAGCAAGGGAUCCAUGGACUUGGUGCUGGUCCCUUGCGGGCUUGCGAUCAUGGUCGGCUACCACCUCCUCCUCCUCUACCGGAUCCUUCGCCACCCGCACACCACGGCCAUCGGCUACGAGAACCACAACAAGCUCGCCUGGGUCCAGCGCAUGGCGCAGGCGACGGCGCCGGAGGAGACGGCCCUGGCGCUGAGCGUGAUCUCCGACAACAUCUCGGCGUCCACGACGCUGGCGUCGCUGUGCAUCGCGUUGGGCUCACUGAUCGGCGCGUGGGUGAGCAGCGGCAGCGCGCCGGAGGCGGCGCUCACGAGCACGGCGGCGGUGAAGUUCACGGCGCUGCUCCUCUGCUUUCUGGCCUCCUUCACCUGCUUCAUCCAGUCCGCGGGCCACUACGUGCACGCGAGCUUCCUGAUGAGCGCGCUGCAGGGCGGGCCGGACGCGCCGCCGGCGAGCCACGCGCAGCGCGCGGUGAUCCGGGGCGGCAACUUCUGGGCUCUGGGGCUCCGGGCGCUCUACUUCGCCACGGCGCUGCUCAUGUGGGUCUUCGGCCCCGUGGCCAUGCUCGUCUGCUCCGUGCUCACGGUGGCCGUGCUGUGCAUGCUCGACACCAGCUCCAUGCCGCUGCACCGCCACCAAUACCUCCCUCGGUCCACGGCCCGAUGCAGGGCUGCGAGCGAGCGAAGCCACAGCCUCGGCGCGUUGUUUUAG